AAUGAAUCAAUAGUUUGUGAAAAAAAAUCAUCAACAACAACAAAACGAAAUAAUGGAACGACCACAAUUAAAAGCUGAUUAUAUUGAAAAAAUUGAAAUACAAAAUGAAGAUUUAAUACCAAAAAGUCAAUGGUUUAAAUGUAUAAAAUUUACAUUGAUAUCAUUAAUAUUAUCAUUGAUAAUAAUAGCAAUUAUUGCAAUAAUUGUUGCUGAAUCAUUUUUAGAACGUUCAUAUCUUGCUGUUGGAAUUAUUUCGUUGUUGGGUAUCAUUCUAUUCGUAAUUGGUUUGAUUGCCAUCAUCAAAGAACAUAUAACAUCAAUAUUAAUAUUUGCCGUAUCAAUGAUAUUCUAUUUGUUGUUGUUAAUGUAUUCAAGAAUAUUCGAUACAGCUGGUUGGAUUAUUUUUCGUACAUUUAUAUUGGCCGGUCUGAUUCUUCUAACAAUAAUAUAUUGUAUAUUGAUACGUGAUUGGAGACAGCUACAAGUAUCACGUUUAAGACAACGUGCAAUUAAAGAAGUUAAACAACAAUAUGGUUUAUCAAUGUCAUCACCUUAUCGACAACAAUCAAUUAUUAAUGAUAAUCGUUAUUAUUUACCACAACAUUUACAACCAACAACAAUAAAUUAUCAUCCACAACAACAUCAACAACAUCCAAAUCAUCAAUAUGAACAGAUUGAUAAUAUUUAUUCACAGAUUGGACCUUCAACAUCAUCAUAUCCGCAUCGUCAACAACAUCCGCAUCGCCAACAACAUCAUUCACCUGCAUCCCGAACAUCUUCAAAUAUUCGUCAAACACCUGGAGUUGUUCUAACUACUUAUCAUAAUUGAUUAAGAACGAAAGGCUUAAAUCAUCAUCAUCAUUGAGCAUCAUUUAAUCUAAUUUUUCUGGAGUAUUUUUUGUAAUAACAUCAAAUCAAUGGAAGACAGCAAACAAAACAAAGAGAUAUUGAUUGAAUUUUUUUCGUUCAAAACAAUCAAAAUUAAAUAUUUCAAA